CUGUACGAAUCCAUCUUGUGACUGGUACUAGUGUUAUUCCUAUAGUAAUCCUAUGCAGAUUGCGAUUGUUAUGUGCUGCCCGUUGAGAAGGACAAGGUACCGAGUUACAGGAUUACUUGUUUAAUUAUUUCCAGCAAAAUGUCGACAAUUUUUUGACGAUUUUAGUACAUUUCAUAGCUAAUCACUGGAUAGUUCAAACCGUGCUUUACUAAGCAGUGCAGCGAUGGCUGAGCAAGAUGGUGGGACAUUGUCCCAACUCCACGUUACUAUUCAAUCAGCAAAUCUGAAGGACACCAACAGCAGUUUCUUCAGUGGAAAAGGAGAUCCUUACGUUGAGAUGGUGGUUGAUUCACAGCCCCCUCGCAAGACAGAGGUUGUCAAGAAGACGUGGAACCCCAAGUGGGAUGAACAUUUCACUGUGUUGGUUAAACCGACAGCAGAGCUACAGUUUAAGGUCCUGAAUCACUUCAAUAUAAAGAGCGAUGUCAUGUUAGGAACAGCUUCUGUCAAGAUUCUACCCCUUCUGGCCAAGCAUAAUGGCAAUGUCAAGAACGUGAAGCUACCGGUAGAGCUGAGGUCAGAGGGCAAGUCGUCGCAGAAGAGCGGGGAGCUCCAUCUAAUCCUGGAUGGUCUGAGUAUAUCCCAGGAAGCCCUGGCUGCGCUUGGAGCAGUCAGCCAAAACGGUCCAUCAUCGCAAGUGAAUGGAGAGGUGUCAGCGGGAGCUGAGGGGAUGACCAACGGUAGAUCAGAUGGUCGGAUAGCUGCCCUGGCUAAUGCCAUGGCCGGUACUCAAUCAGACUCCGGUGGUAGUGCCAAUAAUUCUCCCUCCUCAUCAGCGUCUGGAGCCAGAAGGAGGGCUGCUGCACCUGCUAGGCCAUCACAACCUCCGUCCAGACCCACUCCUGCCCCUAGAUCAUCCACAAAUUCAACCACAGCUACCACUGCUGCCUCCGGUGGUAACCGAUCCUCAGCUGCGCCCUCCACCAACACCACCAUGGCCAACAGACCCCUCCCUUCACUUCCUGCAGCCACAGCAGGAAUAGCAGGAGCUGCUGGAGCCACUGCUGGAGCCGCCUCGGCUGCCAGUGCAGCUCAGACGGGGGCAGGGGCACCACCCCCUAUCACAGGACCACCACCCCCUAUCACAGGACCACCACCCCCUAUCACAGGACCGCCACCCCCAGCAGGUGCUCCAGGAGCAGGACCACCUCCAGGAGCUCCCCAAGGAGCUCCUCCUGGUGUAAACCAGUCUACUGCAGGAGCACCCCCUGGAAGGAGUGUAGACCUUAACAACCAGCCUCUACCAUCAAAUUGGGAGAUGAGACUGGACCAGCAUGGUAGACCAUACUAUGUGGAUCAUAACACACAGACUACUACAUGGGAGAGACCCAUGCCACUACCAUCAGGAUGGGAGAGAAGGAAAGACCCUCAAGGCAGGAUAUACUACGUUGAUCACAACACACGUACCACAACAUGGCAGAGGCCAACACUGGAUUCAGUCAGAAACUUCCAGCAGUGGCAGGUACAACAUGCACAACUCCAACAAACUGCCAUGCAACAGCUGCAACAACGACUUUAUUUACCGCAAGCCGCAGGAGGUGUAGACCCCAGCGAUCCCCUGGGAGCUAUGCCAUCUGGCUGGGAGAAGCGUACUGAUCCUCACCAGAGAGUAUACUUUGUGAAUCAUCUGAACAGAACGACACAGUGGGAAGACCCAAGAACACAGGGACAGGGAUCAACAAGUAUGCAGGAAGCCCCUUUACCCGAUGGUUGGGAGAUCAGGUACACCAAGGAAGGUGUCAUGUACUUUGUAGAUCAUAACAACAGAAGAACAACCUUCACAGAUCCAAGGCCGAGUGCCUCUAAAGGUCCCAAAGGUGCAUUUGGUGUGCCUGUCGCAUACGAGAGAAGUUUCAGGUGGAAGCUGGGUCAAUUCCGCUAUCUAUGUCAGAUCAAUGCACUGCCUAGUCAUGUCAAGAUCAGCGUUACAAGGAAUACAUUGUUUGAAGAUUCUUUCCAUCAGAUCAUGAGGUUACAAGCGUUUGACUUGAGGAGACGAUUGUACAUCAUUUUCAGAGGGGAAGAAGGUCUUGAUUAUGGUGGAGUUGCAAGGGAAUGGUUCUUCAUGUUAUCACACGAGGUGCUCAAUCCAAUGUACUGCCUGUUUGAGUAUGCUAACAAGAAUAACUACUGUCUACAGAUCAACCCAGCCUCAUCAGUCAACCCUGAUCAUCUCCAGUACUUCCGUUUUGUAGGAAGGUUUAUUGCUAUGGCACUAUACCAUGGUAAAUUCAUCUACAGUGGCUUCACUAUGCCGUUCUACAAACGCAUGCUCAACAAGCCUCUAAGCCUCAGGGAUCUAGAGAGUAUAGACCCAGAGUUCUAUAACUCCUUGGUCUGGAUCAAGGACAACGACAUAGAUGAACUAGACAUGGAGAUGGCGUUUGUUGCAGACUUUGAGAUUCUGGGGAAGGUAGAGACAGUCGACCUGAAGGAAGGUGGCAAAGACAUCGAUGUAUCAGAGGAGAACAAAGAAGAAUAUAUACAUUUGAUGACUCAGUUCCGCUUCAAUCGUGGUAUAGAGGAGCAAACCAAGGCUUUCUUAGAGGGUAUGAAUGAGGUCGUUCCUCUACAGUGGCUCCAGUACUUUGACGAGAGGGAACUUGAGCUGAUGCUAUGUGGAAUGCAGGAGUUUGACGUAGAUGACUGGUACAGGUGCACCAUCUACCGUCACUAUACGAGAGAGAGCAAGCAGGUACAAUGGUUCUGGAGGGCUGUACGUGAGAUGGACAAUGAGAAGAGAGCGCGUCUACUCCAGUUUGUCACUGGAACGUGUCGUCUGCCCGUUGGUGGAUUCACUGAGCUUAUGGGGAGCAAUGGUCCACAGAAGUUCUGCAUUGAGAAGGUUGGAAAAGAAACAUGGUUACCCAGGAGUCAUACAUGUUUUAACCGUCUUGACCUGCCGCCUUACAAGAGCUACGAACAGCUAACAGAGAAGCUGACCUUUGCCAUCGAAGAAACGGAAGGAUUCGGUCAAGAGUGAGAUGACCGUCUAACUCCUCCCAGCAAGACUGUCAUGUCCAUCCUUGGAAUUCUAAUUCAGCCAAAUUAUAUUGACCACUGGAAUCAGAAAUUUCUUUGAAGCUACACUAUCUGACUAAUAUGAACUUGAAAUGUGACAAGCUUUCAUACAGACAGGUUAUUGUGAUUCAAAAUCUUUGUGGCCAAUGAGAAUGGGAUAUAGCUUUAUGAGACAGCUAGCUCGUCAUCAAUGAUAUUAUCACGAUCGUCAUGGAGAUAAUGAACAAUUUCAUCAUACUGAUCAGCUUUUGUCAUCCCUAAACAGCAUCUAUCCUUAGCCUGGAUUAUAGCUACAUCAUUGUGUCAGGAUUCAUCACAACCUUCCCUCAAUGCAGUGUGAUAUUUAUUCAAAUUAUCAAUAUACAGAGCAAAUGAUUCUUGUGAAGCUUUAAUUAAUCUGCUUUUGCGUCGUAAGGGUCUCGGCAGAUCAAAAGGUCCUACAUGGAGCAGCGUUUGAAAAGUGAUUCUAGUAGCUUUAGAACUGAUGACAUGAUUAUACUCAUGCCAUACAUAACAGAUGUUAGAACUACCCAGUGGUAUUUUUCAUUUGAGACUUCACUCAUUAAUUGGUUCUAUAAUGGAUCAUUGCAUAAUCUAUAGAUGAAAAAAAAAAGCAAUCUACCUUGUAUUUAGAAGAAAAAAUAUUGGCUCAGCAGCUCUAAGUUGAAAAAUUUAUAUUUUCUUCAGCUUAAAGGAAAAACAUGUAAUGGUACUUGUUCUGGAACAAAAGCAGACAUGAUUAUGAAAGAACAGUUUGUUUCUCUAACAUUGCUUGAAGUGAGAUUUCAUUCAUCUAGUUAUUUACCACAGGUAAAUAUGCCUUCAAUACAAUACAAAUCCAGUACAUUUUGAGUUCAAACAAAAGAUUUAAGAUGUUUUGGUACUGGUUAUGAAAAGAUACCUCUACACUCCUAGUAGUUUUAAGGAAAUGACAUCAAGUCUUUGAUUGAUCCUUGCAUAAUGCAUGCAGAUCUAAUAAAGAAGGAAAUUAGCUUUGAUAUCGCUGCCCAGAGCCAGAAGGACGUUGGCUGAUCCUUAAUGCAGAAUGAACACCCUUCUGGCUCUCAGCAGAAGAUAGAUCCAGGAAUCAGGCAUGGACCACGUGCAGUAUACCCCAAGCACAGCUCUGCAAUCACUGCCAUACAAUGAAUACACACCCUCAAAAGUACAAGGAAAUGCCUGGCUUUGACAAUGAUAUUGGGACAUCAAUGCGUGACGUAGACCUUGCAUGGUGUCGAUGACUGACGUGUGUGUCUGUUACGCUUCAGGAUAACCUAUGCUGACCUUAACUGGAACAAAGUGUGAAGAUGCUGUUUUUUAAAUUUAUACUUGAUUGUUUUUAUGGAAGACGAUUACUGUUCUGCAUGAUGUGAUAAAGACUUGUAGAGAGGGAGAUGAUGGAUAUGACAUAUCUGCCAGCCGGAUGCAAUAUCGCUAAAGAUACAAGAGUAGCAAAUUAUUUUUAUAUUCCUUCUAGAGAAACUCUGUAUAUUUAGUAGGUGGCUGGCAGAAAUAGUCAGUAUCAAUGAAGGUGCUGAUGGGAAGGAAGCAAGCAAAGCAUAGCUUUAUCAUAACCAUUAAUCGUUGAGUGUGUAAAAGACAUAUCCUGUUCAGAUGGAGAUCCACUAUAUUAAGAGUCGAACAGAGAUGAGAAACCAUGUGUAGAUGUUCCUGAAGGAUGGUCACAUCAGAGAUCAGGAUUUUCUUCAUUUUAGAGGCAGUACCGGUAAUUUAUAUAAAACAUGAGAGUCCGUGAUUACAAAACUCAUGUUUCCCUUUCAAAUGUAUAGGAAGUUGGUCGACUCUGUGAUCUAUAUCAACUAGGAAGUCAACAGGGGAACAAUCUAGUUCUUCAUUUUAUUUAUCAUGAAUUAAACGAUGGAAGGAAUAUUGUUCCGAUACUAUCUGUGCAAUUCUUUGUGAAGGCACACAGAACAAAGAAAAAAAUAAUCAUAUAUUUCAAAGAAUAACAAAGUUUUCAGUUGUAUGCGUUGAUUUAGUAUAGAUGUCGGGUAACUAAUGAGAAUGAAGCAUUAUGUUUAAUAAUCUGAUGAACCAUUGUGAAGCAUACAUCACAUAGGACUAUAGCCUACCUGUGAGUCUCGUAGAUUUAUGGUGUCCUACAACUACAAAUGCAUAAUGCAAUGUAGCAGAUCUUUGCAACAAACUUUCACCAUAGGUAUAUAGCCAGUGCUGAAGAAAUGAACAAUCCUGGGACAAAGUCCUAGAAGGUGGAAUUGAAGACUACCGGUAUGAAAUGAAUCUGCAGAGCCAAAAAUGCAUUCAAUAAGAUACUUUACAUAUUAAAGGAAUAAUGCCCUUUUGGCUUUCAGCAUAUGGUGGUCAUAUAUUCACUGUUCUCUCUUCAAUGAUUGUAUACCUGUUCCAGCAGUUAGGUUGUGGUGCCAAUAUUUGGACAAGAAAAGAUUUAUCUUCGAUCUUUCUUUUUCUUGUCAAAAUAAAUGUUCUAUGGAAAUAUUUUAUUUAACAUUGUUACAGUUAUACAAAAUUCUGCUACCUUAUCGUAUAUUUUACGACUUUCUUAUGGGUGAGAAUGUGUCACAUAAACUUUCAUGCUUGUCCAAGACUGAUUAAUUAUUAUAGGGCAGUCCUGUUGUAAUAGGGAAAGUGGCAAACAGGAAGAAGUCAUUUUUGUACUUUUCGGUGUACACCUGUAUGUACUUUUUAUUUCUAGGCUUAACAUUGGUGUUCAUUUAAAAAGGAGUGUAUUGUAACUUACAUAUUGUCACUAAACAUCCUGAUACUGGUACUUUAAUGAAGAAUAAUAGAUGAAGUUUCAUUUUUUUCUCGAUCUGUUAAAUUAAUAUUACAUCUCCACUGUGAGGAAAAGUUUUCAUUUACAGUAUUUUUGAUGAAUUCCCCAAAUUAAUCUUUUAUUUUUCAUUUUAGAUUUACGGUAUGCUUUAACUAAACCAGUACCCAUGUCUAACAUUAUCAUCUACAAUAAAAUAAGUAAUAUUUUUAAUGUGCCAUUCUGGUUUGUUAAUUUGAAUUUAUGCAUUUUGUAUAUAUUUAUAAAUAGACAGAUUUAUUCAAUCUCAGACAUAUCAUUAUGUUUUUAUUCAUUUCUUGUAAAAGUGUGCAUUCACCCCGUCAUGUUCGUCUAAACCCAAUGUUCCAAUCGUCCUUGGAAUAGGAAACUUCUGGCCAAAAUUGUCAAAAUGGAUAAUUAUCUUGUCGUUUACACUGUAACAUUCAAAUUGAUUUGGAAUUGUCUCAUAUUUAGUUGUCGUGAGGUAACCUUCUCCUCGGGUAAUGUCAAUUUGCCUUUUUAAAUGGGCUGAUAGGAUUUAUUCUAAAGUUCUACAUAGAAAUAAACACCACUUGACAAGGACAGACUUGGUCAAUUUUGAUUUCAGUUCUUGGCUCACUCAUCUAUAGAUUAAGAGUUGGCUGGAACAUCUGGUUUAGACGAAACUGCUUUGUAUAUUUUUAAAAACCAGUCAUUGUUUUAUUAUCCCCUCAAGGUUGAAUGAUGCCUUGUAAAGUAAGGAAAAUAAAACAUUUUCUGGCAUUUUCCAACAAAAUUUAUAUUACUUUUGCAUAUGCAUGAUGAUUUUCAAAGUCAAAUCUUCACUGAUUUGGGCCAAUGUUGAUUUUUCUUGUUUUUUUUCUUGCUCUAUCAUUCUAAUUGAAAUAUUUCUUUUGUCUGUGAUUUCUGCUGCAUGUAAUAGUGCAUACUUCUAAUUCGGCUUUCUAAUUUGUGCAAUUAACAACACACUGUAGUGGUAGUACUUACUUGUCAAUGGCUUAUAUUACUUUGUAUAGUUUGUGUUUGGGGCAAAGGUAUAGCAAGUGUGAUUUACUUUGUCUUUUCUCUUAUGUGGAAAUUUUAUCUAAUUAUUGCUACCAAACAAACAUAUGUGCCCUUAUAUGCUUCUCACAUAUACAAUACACAUGAUUUGAAUCAUGUUGCGAGAGAGGCAGGUAACAUUGAUAUGCGAUUGUCAUAUUUGGUACAAAUUUUUCUUGUCUGUUGGAAACCCUUGAUUCCAAUCAGUUUUUUGAGCAGAUGUUUACUUAUUUACCAUGUCACCUUGUGUGUGGUAUGCAAUAUGCAUGUUUUACCAGUGCUGUAAGAUAAAUGUACUGCCAUGACACAGCAUAGACAUACAUGUUCUCACUCUUCCCACAAAGGGGUUGUGCAUGGUAUGAGUAGUACCCACAGCACAAGAAGUAGUAGCAGUGAGAAUGUACCCUUUGUCAUAGGAGAUUCAAGCCCAAUGUGAUCGACAUGGUUCUUUGUGGUAACAUGUUGCCCUCUCAAUUCAUAGAAUGAUGUAAAUUUUAAUUUAAUUAUCUACCGGUAUAUAUAUAAUUUAUAUGAUUUUCAUGUACAUUUAACUCCCAUUUGUGUUUUGUAAGAUACCAUAACAACGCUUGAGGUAUAUAUUGGAUCUGUCUUCAGUCAUUCAAAUGUUAAAUCCUUUUUUUAAUGAAUUAAACAAGAGUAAUUUGAUCCCAAUUUGCAAACCACAGCAUAGAAUAGUGGGUCUACAUGAGAUAAUUUCUUUAUUAUGCUUGUCAACCUGUCAGGCAAGCACUGCAAGCUGUAUGAGUCUUCACAACAGACCUUUUUGUGUUGACAAUUUUCAGCGCCAUUCAUCAGAAGGGGCAUUCAAUUGUAAAUCUUUCAUACCUAUAUUCACCUGUGAUUGUAAGUUUAGUACCCAUUAUCACUUUGCAAAGUGUUGUGUAAUACUAAAAUGUUGUCUUUUGUCAUCUAGAAGUAUGAAUAUGACAUCUUAUAGUGUUAUGUAAUCAUCAGUGUGUUCCCUUGCUCUGUUCGCUUAGCUCCUGAAUCAUAUUUGCUCAAAGGGGUACAAUGUAUGCUUUAGUCCAAAUAAAAGUAAGUGCCUUUUAUUCUCUUGAUAAUCAGGAGAAUAUAAUCUUUCUCUGUCAACUCUCAAAGAGGGGAUAACUGCAUAGAUACCUUUCUAUAUCCUAAUGUAUCUGUUUUAGGCAGUUUUUCAUUUCUCAAUAGUGUACUAAAAAAGAAAUUCCUGGGUCCUGUUGCCUAAAACUUAUCAUUGAUGGUAAAUUUGCUUUCAAUGGCAACUACCAUGGUAACAGGGCUCAACAGCCAAUCAAAAUCAAGGUUUCCAUGGUAGUUACCAUUGAUGGCAAAGUUACCAUCAAUGGUAAGUUUUGUGCAACGGGGCCCAGUACUUUUGACAAUGUAUAACUUGCAAUUUCUGUUUCCUGCAGUUUACAUCAGUAAUGCCCAUGUUGUACAAAUGUAAAGAGCAAGAAGACAUUAACUCCACGGCUUGCAAAUUGAGUCAAUGCCCUUCUUGCUCCAAGCAGAUGAUGUCAUAUAUACCAGGCAGUCUCUUUUUUACACACAUCCAUCAAACAUAGAAAAUCGCUCAUUUCUUGUACAGAUUGAAUCUUCUCUUAACCACAUCUGAGAGAUAUCAACCUUUAUAAUAUGAUUUUUUUUAAAGAUUGACUCUGUUUCUACAUUAUAUAUGUUGUCCUUUAGGUUUCAAAGACCUGCUUCUAGACAAAGACAUUUUCUAAAAUAUCAACGAUGUGACAUGCCCAAAAUGAAACUGGCAUCGAGUGUGAAUAAGUAGUAGAUUCCAUUUCAGGUUCUGUGUUUGUGAAAAAUAAAUACAUUUAUUUAGCAUACUAGUACUUUUUUGAAGAAAACAAAUAGUCUGAAUUUGAAUAUUUUGUAUGUUGUCUAGAACUUGGCAUGUUCUUCGAGAGACAAAAUUUGAAAUGAUGAAAUGAACAAUAAUAUAUUUUAUAAAAUGUUGCUCAUCUUGAGGUCAUGCAUGUAUUAAUAUUUCUAUUUCUUUCUGCCCCUUCAUCUUAUGUAGAUAUAAAUUCUGCUCAAUUUGACCAUCCGGUCAUAGAUAGCUUCUCAAAGUGAUGUAUUUAACUCCUUUUUGAUGUGACCUUUGCAAUGGGUUUGAUGGUUAAUGGCGAACCUCCAAAGAAUCAUUCAAAUUUCUUAUGAUAUCUGUAUUCAAUCUUAGGCUCUAUAUUCUUCAUGAUAUUGUACCAAACACUAAUGUUUCAUUGUAUAAAUGUCUUUUUAAAAUUCUGUUUGCACUCUGUCUUUGCUUUGUGUGAAUUAUGUGUUCUGUGGCAGAGAUAUUGGAGAAAAAAUAAACACAUGAAUAUAACAUAGUCUUGAGAAUUGUAUCAUAGAACUUGUAAUAAAGCACUUGUAAAUCAGUAAAUAAUACAAAAAAGCAUAUUAUGGAUUGGUAUGAUUUAUGUACAUUAAUAAACAGAUGAAAUGUAUGACAUGGAUCAACAAA